UUUCUUCUCUUCUCUCUUCAGACUCUUUCUCUCUCGCUCUCUCUUCACUCAUCUCUCUCUCUCUCUCUCUGUCUCUCUCUCUCUGCAUACACCGAUCAAUAUAUAUGGAGAACCGGCUGGGAAAUCGAACAACCUUUCCGAAUCUGAUUUAUCGGUCCCUUUCGACGCCGGAGAAUCAUGACCGCGCCUUUUCCGGCUACCCACUCCUCGACGACGGGACUUUCCCGAAGAGUCCCGAUCACUCCGUGGAAGCUGCUUUGGCCCACCUCAGCCUCUCCUCCCCGCCGGCGAGAGAUCCCGGAGCCGAUUUCACCGCGGCGGACUACUGCGCUGGCGGCGGGGAGUUAUCACGUCUAUCGACGGCGAACCUCAGUAUGAAUGCAGUGGACGAUGGCGCCAUGGGUUUUGGUGGGGCCCACAGUGAUCGAGUGGUGUGGGCCAAGAGUUGGGCGGGUUUCCGCACUGGCUCUUACUCGGCGGCGGCGAGCCAGCCGUGGCUAAGAGGCGGCGCCGUGGAAUCUUUUGGGUCUUUCUUGCAGCGCAAGAAACAAUCGGGAAAUCAACCCAAUUGCCGAUUCCCAAUUCUGCCCUUUUCCACCAAAAGCCGAUUCUUCACUAAUUAUGAGGGCCAUUUCGACGGAUUAUCGUCGAAAACUCCCAAGUUUUUUAGGCCUAACCUUUAUCUGUCUUGGGAUUGCUUGUCUUUGAAAGAUUUGCAGGGCCAAGUGGUGAAUUUGGCGAAAGAUCAAUUUGGUUGUAGACUAUUGCAGAAAAAAUUCGAGAACCCAAAAGAAGAUGAAAUUGAGAUGGCAGUGUCAGAAGUGGUGAGUCAUACAGGUGAGUUAAUUCGGGACCAAUUUGGAAAUUACCUUAUUCAGAAGCUUAUGAAAGUGGGGAACGAAAAACAGAGAAGUAGAAUUAUUCUUUCAAUCACCAGGACCCCAUUUCAACUCUUCAGUAUCUGUCUCAACCCUCACGGAAGCCGAGCUGUGCAGAAAUUGUUGCAGCAUGUUACUAGCGAAGGGACGAUUGCUUUUAUCGUCUCAGCUCUAGCCCCUGGUGCUGUGGCACUGUCCACUGACCCAAUUGGUCAUCAUGUGAUCCAGCAAUGUUUGAUUUGUUUCUCUAGUGAAGAUAAUAAGUAUCUUCUCAAUGAAAUAGCAGCUAACUGCUUUGAAAUUGCAACCAACAAAAGUGGAUGCUGCGUGCUGCAGUCAUGUUUGGAGCAUUCUGAGGGAGAACAGAGAGACCGUCUUGUGGCUGAGAUAAUUGCAAAUGCUCUUCACCUAUCUGAAGAUCCUUAUGGAAAUUAUGUGGUGCAACAAGUACUGGAUCUCAAGAUACCUGAAGCGACAGAGAAUCUUCUGAGACAGCUUGAAGGGAAUUAUGCAUCUCUGUCCUGUAACAAGUAUGCCAGUAAUGUUGUAGAGAAAUGUUUGAUUGAAUCAGGAGAAGAGCAAUCCUCAUGGAUCAUCAUAGACCUUCUUAGCAGUUGGAACGUCUCUAUGCUUCUAGUGGAUCCUUUUGGAAACUUUGUCAUUCAGUCAGCUUUAUCAGUGUCUAAGGGGCUCAUCCGCAAUGCCUUGCUCAACCUAAUCUGGGCGAAUGCUCCCUCCCUGCGCACCAAUCUUUAUGGGAAGAAAGUCCUUGCCUGUUUCGAGAAGAUGAAGCUGCAAAAGGCAUAGCCAAUUCUCAACUCUUGUCAGGCUGCCACCUUGGUCAUUGCUGCUUCAGUCUCUUCAAGGUGUUAAGGCCUUGUUAAGUUGUACUUGUAACCGUCCUUUGCAAUGCUAAUUAUGUAGCAUCUCCUUGGAAACUUGUAGUUUGCAGUCUGUUAAUAGACAUUGAACUGAAAGAGCGAGAAGAAAUGAGGUUAGAAUAAAUGGUAGCCGCAUAGAAGCUCAUAAAAAGUUCUCCGCGCGAGCUUCUUGUGGGGAUUAGAGUGGUAGUGUGUGUUGUGCUGUCUAACUGUAGAAAUCUGGGGGAUAUGUGUUGUUCCUUGUUAUAACAUAGUUUCAUAAAUUUUAAUAAUUACUAUUUGAACUUGUU